AUGAACGCUCUAGACGAAAUCAUCGAUGGCUUGUAUCUCGGAAACAUCUUCUCCCCACGCAACGGACGCAUCCUCAAAGCAGCAAACAUCAAAUACAUCUUAUCGGUCACGCACGACACGAUCUCCCUACCCAACGACCACGAGAUAGUAGCUCAUCGCCGGAUUGAGGUAGAGGAUUACGGCGACGUAGAUAUACUGGAACACUUCGAAGAAGCCAACAAAUUCAUCGACACAGCCCUCCUUUCUGGAUCUAGUGUCCUCGUGCACUGCGUGCAAGGCGCGUCGCGAAGUGCAUCUUUCGUCGCAGCAUACCUGAUGCAAAAACGCGGAUGGUCUCGAGAUGAAGCCCUCCAGUUCAUGCGCUCCAAGCGGCCUGCAGUGAACCCGAACCAAGGUUUCUUGGAACAGCUCGAGGUGUAUCAGAAGUCUGAUUGCAAGGUCACUGCGGAAUCACCGGGGUACGUUGAUUGGGUGAAAAGGAGAGACGAGGCGUUUGCGAAGCAGAUGCAGGAGAUGCAAGACACAAAAGUGACUUGA